UUAUGCUAUAUUGACACAUUUAUACACUCUUAGAAAAAAGUACAAAACUGUACUUGGAAAUGCUUGUAGUAAAGUAUGAAGGAAAUACUAUCUUACGGUUUAACGUCCAAACUCUUGAAUGAGAAGCAAUGUAGAGGAGCGGCUUUUUUUUGGUAUGCCUAAAGGAUUUUUCAGAUUCUCCUCCACCUUGAACCAGUGUUUGAAAUACGCAAGGACAUUCGCAUCUGACGUUGUCAGCCCUGGCCUCUGCAACCCAUAACCAUUCAUAGCUUUCCUUCCAAAUUUUUGCCUUACUGAUUUGCAUUGCUAUUUCAUAUUUUAUUCAUAAAAGCAAAUGUAGAAAAGACACCUUUUGUGUUAGUCACAUCAUUUUUUCAGGUUUGUGAACCUAAAUAUGGCUGUAAACAGGUUUGGUAGCCUUGGGAAAAUAUUUUGUUUUUCUGAACAAUGGCAUUUUUAUUAGAUAAGUAAUAGAAGUCAUAGUUUUCGGAGCGUUGGUAAUUGCUUGCGGUUUUGGGGGGAUCUGCCGUGAUGUUACCUUGGCUUCUCAUUGUUCCACUUUCAUACCUCGAUCAUUUUACGUAUAAAGACGUGAGAGAGUGACUCACUGAUAAUUCUGGAUGAAGGACAGCGCAUAUAAACCGUCCAUCCCACAUCAGAAGAACUUUAAAGCAUCUCCUCAGGUUUUUUGCGUGCACAUAUUAUACAGUUACGCUCACUCACACGCAUUAUUACGUGGCUACCCUUUGUUUCUGCUGGGCACAUAAAGAAAAACAAAAAUAUAGGGUUUGUUAUUGGUGUGUUUAAGCAAAGGGCAGUUUUAGUGCUUGGACCCCCAAAGGGGAGAAAACCAGAGGUGAAAGCAGCUUUUGAAGACGAUGAAGUCCAGAUUAUCAUUUCUGCUCUGCCUGUUGCUGGUGUCCAACGGUUCGACUGCAGUCAUUACUGGGGCAUGUGAGAAAGACUCACAGUGCGGAGGUGGCAUGUGUUGUGCCAUCAGCCUGUGGAUCCGGAGCUUACGAAUGUGCAUUCCAAUGGGUCAGGAGGGAGAGGAAUGUCAUCCAAUGAGCCACAAGGUGCCGUUCUUUGGCAAGAGACUUCAUCAUACAUGCCCAUGUCUUCCCAACCUCGCUUGCAUCCCAACAGAUGAUGAAAAAUACAAAUGUCUCCCUUCCUUUCCAUUUGAAAAUGAUAACCUCUGAUGAAGUGAAGUGUGCCAUUAUAGUGUACUAAUUAUUGUAUAAAGUGUAUAGUAAAGUGUAUUUGAUUUUAAAAGAAUUUAUUUAAUGAAUUAUUUGCUCUGAUGGAGAAACAUAAAUUAUGUAGGCCUAUUAAAAUGCAUAUUUUGACUAAAUAUUGUA